CAGUAUGAGGGGGUGUUAGACCCGGUUCUGUAGCGGGGGAUGGACCGGCUGUAGGCUCGGUUCGGGAUGGAUGAUACCUAUCACCGGGCCGCGCGAGACGGCCGGCUGGACCUGCUGAGACAGGCCACGCGCCGGGACCUCAACAGCCCGGAUGAGGACGGGAUGACCCCCACACUGUGGGCGGCCCACCACGGCCACCUGGACUCCCUCAGGCUGGUGCUGGGGAGGGGUGGAGACCCUGAUAGGUGUGAUAUCUGGGGGAACACUCCUCUCCACCUGGCUGCCGCCAACGGCCACCUGAACUGCCUGACCUACCUGGUGUCGUUCGGUGCCAACGUGUGGUGUCUGGACAACGACUACCACACGCCGCUGGACAUGGCCGCCAUGAGGAGUCACAUGGACUGCGUUCGGUACCUGGACUCCAUCGCGGCCAAGCAGAUCACCCUCAACCCAAAACUGGUGAGUAAACUGAAGGACCGGGCCUUCCGGAACGCCGAGCGCCGCAUUAAAGAGUGCAGCCGGCUGCAGCACAAACACCAGCAGCGCAUGGAGAAGCAGUUCCUGAGGGAGGCGGCCGCGUCCGACCUGUCCGACAGCGUCAGUCUGUCCAGCUACAGCAGCACCAUGAGCCGCAAGAUACCACAGUUCAACACCAUCAACUCCAGCAUCACCUACUCACAGGGGCUGCACUCCACAGCAAAAGGCAGGACGAAGAUCCAGAAGCGCCUGGACAAGAAAAAGCAGAGCGACGGCACCUUCAAGAUAUCCGAGGACGGGCGGAAGAGCGUCCGGUCCCUGUCCGGCCUCCAGCUGGGGAACGAUGUGAUGUUCCUGAAGCAGGGGACGUACGCCGGCCCCGCCCAGCGGCCCCCGAACCGCCUCCACGUCCGCAACAUGUUCUCCCCGAGCCCGUUACCUGAUUACGAGAACGACGCGGACACAGUGUCUCGAGUGCUGAGCGACCCCGGGCUUUACGAGGCCGCGUACUCGGAGAUCAGCGAGGAUUCUGGGAGGGACUCUCUGUUCUCCCGGCCGGGGCUGGGAACGCUGGUGUUCCGGAGGAAUUACGCCAGCGAGGGUCUGCUGGGGUUCGGCCGCGACGAUUCCUACAGCGUAGCGGGAAGCGAGCCAGUGGGACGGGUGCCAAACGUCCAUUUACGAGGCCGUCUACCCCCCAGAUCACCCAGCCUGGACCAGGGGAGCACUGACAGCAUAGCGAGUCUGCAGGAACGCAACCUGCAGGACCUGCCGUGGGAGGAGGGUGAUCUGGGUGUAGAGGAGGAGGAUGAAGAAGAUCUGCAGGCCUCCUCAGCUCCUCUGGAGGUGUUCCUGGCCUCUCAGGGUCUCAGCGAGCUGCUCUCGGUGUUCCUGUGUGAGCAGAUGGACCUGGACGCCCUGCUGAUGUGCUCAGAACCCGACCUGACCAGCAUCCACAUCCCGCUGGGACCCCGCAAGAGGCUGCUGGAGGCCUGCAGCCGCCGCAACUACACCCUGCAGAGAGCCAGACCCAUCUCCGACACCGAGCUGUGAGGGAGCGAGGGUCUGAAGCAUCAUAUCAUUAUGACCACCUCCUUGUUUCUACACUCACUGUACACCUGCUCUAAUCCUUAAUCAGUGCUCAUAGGAUACUGAUGGUGCACUAUUCCACGAAGUCCAGCAACUACAUUAAGGUGUUUAAAAACUCCAGCAGCACCGCUGUAUCUGAUCCACUGAGCUGAAAAAAUUGACUGACCUCACAAAGAUUAUACAGUAUACGCCAAAGAUUUGAACACAUCUUAAACAAACCAGACUAUGUUUUAUAUUUUAAAUUCUUCAAAGUAGCUUCUCUUGUUUAGAUAAUCAGUUUUACACAUCUCUGCUGGAUUUUCUCAGUCAGCUUUAUGAAGUAGAGUCACCUGGAAUUCAGGCUUUCAGUUAACAGCUGUGCUGAACUCAUCAAGAGUUAAUUACUUAAAUGUCUUGCCUCCUAAUGUUGUGAAGAGGUUGGUAUACAGUGAAUAGUGAAUAUUUGUAAAGUUCUAAUCCAGAUUAUGGCAAGAACUACUCAACUAAGUAAAGAAAAAAUACUUUAAGAAAGAAUGAAGGGCAGUCAAUCCGAAAAAAAGAAUUUUAAGAACUUUGAAAGUAUCCUUAAGUGCAGUCGCAAAAAACACCAUCAAAAAUGCUAUAAUGAUAAAAUUGGCUCUCAUCAGGACCGCCCCAGGAAAGGAAGAGCAAAAGUGCCCUCUGUUACACAGGAUAAGAUCCUCAUAGUUACCAGCCUCAGAUAAGAGCACCUAAACGCUUCUUCACAGAGUAUUUUGGUUUGUUUAACACGUUUAAGUUACUACAUAUUUCCUUAUGUGUUCCUUCACUAUGUAAUGUGUCCAAACUUUUGACUGGUACUGUAUAUAUAGUAAAAUACAAAACAAUGGCAUAUUUUAUUCACAAUAGAAUGUAGAAUACAUAGUACAUGUUGAAGGUGAGACAUUUUACCAUACCUGUUUAUUUGGGUGAGUAAAGUGCUUUCUUCUUUUAAUUUACAGAAAGCUUAAAUUUCCAAUAUUUUCAACAACGCAGGUUAGCAGCAGCCCUAGCCGCAGUUAGCAACAAUGCUAGCCGCAGAUAGCAGCGCUUAGCGGUAGUAUUUGCCGCUUGAUAGCGUUAAACUGAGGAACCCUGAGUGUUCUGGUAAGCCUGGGUGCUAUCAGCAGUGUUGGGCAUGUUAAUUUGAAAAAGUAAUUAGUUAUAGAUACUGGUUACUUCUCCAAAAAUGUAACUGAGUUACUAACAGAGUUACUCCACUAUUAAAAGUAACUAGUUACCAGUAAAAGUAACUAUUGCGUUACUUUUGUUAUUCGCCCCGUAAAAAAAGGAAAAGAAAUUAUGUAUUUACUAUUAUUAUUAGAAAAAUAACAAACAAAAAUAAACCCAAAAUGUUGACAAAAAUAUAAUCUAACGAAUUUCAAGAAAUAGAAAUGAAAAACUUCACAUGACCAUAGAAAAUUAUUAAGACUUGUAAUACUGAAAAAAAACGAAAAAAAAAAAAAAAACAGGGAAAAACG